AUGAUGGAACCCAUACAGCCACGCCCAACACGCUCAACAAUUGAUCAACGAUCUGACCAAGAGAUUCUUACGGAUCUGCAGACAUUCAAACCUGUCGACGGUUCAGAAAGGAACAUCUGGGCGUUUUGGGACACAGGUCUUGCAAAUUGUAAGCCAUGGUGCCAGCGCAAUAUCAUCAGCUGGGUGCGGCGCCACCAGGACUGGACCGUACGUGUGGUCGACAUGGUAGAAGGGUCAGCGAAUCACUGGUCCAGAUACAUCUCCGAGCCCGCGCUCUUCCUCCCUCGCUCGCUCCUCCAGCCUCCCUCACCGGGUACGACAGCCAGCAACACGCACCUCGGGGCGCACAUGGGCGACCUGAUGCGCCUCCCACUUCUUUACCUCCAUGGAGGGGUCUGGCUCGACGUUGGCUUCAUGCUUUUUCGCGGACUGGAUGACCUCUGCUGGAACAAGCUCGCGGACCCGCAGGAUGACCAGGAGAUGAUGGGAUUCAAGAUGACCAUCAGCGACGAAAUCGCCAUGUUCUUCAACGGCCUGAUAGCUGCGCGCAAAGGCUGCCUUGGCGUCAAGUACUGGCACGACAUCUACCUCGCCUGCUGGGAAGACGGCGCCCCUGGGACGGCGGGCAUGAGCCGCCAUCCCCUGCUGCGCCACCUCCCGCGUUACGAGGUCCCCAACUCGAACGGGGGCCCGCCCGAGUUCGAGUAUGGGCCUUAUUUCGACUACAUCUCCCACAUGUUCUGUGUAGAGCGCCUCCGGCACAUCCGAGACCCGGUCCUGUCGUGGGACGGCCCAGCGUACUUUGCGAAGCAUGUGCUUCUCUACGAGUGCAUCACUGAGGUAUACUGGGCGCAACAUCUGACCCAGUGGUCCGGCCGGAGGCAGUUCGAGCUCCUCAGCCGGCCGCGUGACGGGGCAGCGCACAACGAGGCAUACAAGGAGGCCGAGGACUUUGUGGAAGGCAUCUUGGCCAUGUCGUCAACCAUGAAGUUUUCGCACGGCCUUUUGAGCAAGCAGAGGGAAUAUCUGGCUAGGAUCUGGGACGAGCCUGGGAACGCAGAUGCUGAUCGGGCCCCAGGAACGUGGGCGGCUCAUUUGCGGUGGGCGAGCGUCUACUUUGACCAGACGAGGCAUCUGGAACCUCUUCUCUUCCCCGUUCGAGCGGACGCCCUGCUGACUGGUGGGCUGCUCGAGGCACAUGGAGAGCCACACUUGCACUGGGAAGCAGAGCAUUGA